ACUUUUAAAGUUAUAAAUACCUCGUUUUAAAUGUCAGGACUCUCCGGAUACUACCAAGAAGGUGUGGAGCUACUUUGAGCCUGGAUAACGGUGUAAAAAGGCGAUGCGGCCCUUGUACAGAGUGAUUGUAAAAAAUCGUAAUUAUGAAAAAGCCACAGUAUGAAGUUGUGCCAGUGAGCUAACGAGCGACAACACGUAGACAAAACAAACCUUCAGUUCUUUAGUGAUCUGAUACUGUAGAUGGCGCUGCUUUCCAUCGCUGCUUUCCGUGGCUUUAGUGCUGCUGCUGCUCCCCACAGUCUGACGGUCUGACGGCGGAGGUUUCCCUCACCCGGAGAGAAGCGGAGGGAACCAGCGGGACUCCUGAACUACAGCGCUGCUGGAGCCGCACUCAGACAGCCGCCCUCAGGUUUGACAGGCCCGGCGCUGUGCCAUGGCCUGCAGCAUUCCCACACCAGGCCCUGGUAAUGGCUUCCCAAUGAAGGCACAGCUACAGAUCGUUGUGUUAUCAGCCAAGCUGAAGGAGAACAAGAAAAACUGGUUUGGCCCCAGUCCUUAUGUGGAGGUAGCUGUAGACGGCCAAUUGAAGAAAACGGAGAAAUGCAACAACACUCACAGCCCCAAGUGGAAGCAGCCCCUCACUGUGAUUGUCACACCCUUCAGUAAGCUGAUCUUCCGCGUGUGGAGCCAUCAUACACUGAAGUCCGACCUGCUGCUGGGCGUAGCCACUCUCGACAUCAGCGAGAUGCUCAAGAAUAACGACAUGAAGAUCACUGAGGUGGUGCAGUCGCUGCCGCUGUGUACAGACAGAGACCAGACGGACAUCGUGGGUGACCUGUCUGUGUGUCUGGACGGCAUGCAGGUCGACCCGGACAUGUUCUCCUCAGCUGAGGCCAACCACCAGAGUUUGGAUUUGUCAAAUGAAGAUUCACAAAAUAGUGAGGAUGUCAGUAUCAGGAAGAGCAGGGAGGGAUCUCCGACAGUGAUGGAUGCUCAGGAGCGACUCUCUGCCCCUAAUGGCCGAGCUGUGAACGGGACAGGGUCUCCCUCAACGUCAGCAAGGAGUUCUCGACCACUGAGACCCCCCAGACCCUCCAGACCCCCACCACCUACUCCACGCAGACCAGUCUCAUCUCCAGCGUUCACUUCUAAUGAAUCAGUUCCUGAUGGCAGUGACUCGUCGCCCGCGGAGACCCCCGUGCGAAACCCUAGUGCCACUACAGCAACAGCAGCUCCUGACCCUGCCCCACCAUUAGGCCUCGACCUACCUCCCCGACCAGCCCUCACUGUCGCUCCUGCACCCAGCAGGAUGUCCAUGGCCACGGGCCCACUGCCCCCAGGGUGGGAGCAGCGAGUGGACCAGAAUGGCAGGAUGUAUUUUGUAGACCAUGUGGAGAAGAGGACAUCGUGGGAGAGACCAGAGCCUCUGCCUCCAGGCUGGGAGCGAAGAGUGGACCCUAUGGGCCGGGUUUACUUUGUGGAUCACACAACCAGAAGCACCACGUGGCAGCGGCCCACCGUGGAGACCGUGCGCAACUACGAGCAGUGGCAGCACCAGCGGAGUCAGCUGGAGGGAGCCAUGCACCAGUUCAACCGCCGCUUUAUCGUCGGGGAGCCUCAAGCUGUCCCUGCUCAGAAUAAGGAGUUUGACCCUCUGGGCCCACUGCCACAUGGAUGGGAGAAGAGAACAGACGCCAAUGGCAGAGUAUACUUCGUGCACCACCCGACUCGCUGCACCCAGUGGGAGGACCCUCGCUCUCAAGGGUUACUGAAUGAGAAGCCGUUGCCGGAGGGCUGGGAGAUGAGGUUCACUGUGGAUGGGAUCCCGUACUUUGUGGAUCACAACAGGAGAACCACCACCUACAUCGAUCCUCGAACUGGAAAAUCGUCACUUGAAAACGGCCCUCAAAUCACGUACGUGCGAGACUUCAAAGCCAAAGUGCAGUACUUCAGAUUCUGGUGUCAGCAAUUAGCUUUGCCGCAGCACAUCAAAAUCAACGUGACCCGUAAAACACUGUUCGAGGACUCCUUUCAGCAGAUAAUGAGCUUUAGUGCCCAAGACCUUCGCCGAAGACUGUGGAUCAUCUUUCCUGGGGAGGAGGGUCUCGACUAUGGUGGUGUAGCAAGGGAGUGGUUCUUCCUGCUGUCCCAUGAAGUGCUGAACCCGAUGUACUGCCUGUUUGAGUAUGCUGGAAAAGAUAAUUACUGUCUGCAGAUCAAUCCAGCCUCAUACAUCAACCCAGACCAUCUCAAAUACUUCCGAUUCAUUGGACGCUUCAUUGCUAUGGCCUUGUUCCACGGGAAGUUCAUUGACACUGGCUUCUCACAGCCUUUUUAUAAGCGCAUUCUCAACAAACCAGUGGGACUUGGAGACCUGGAGUCCAUCGACCCGGAGUUCUACAACUCUCUCAUCUGGAUCAAGGAGAAUAACAUAGAGGAGUGUGGUCUGGAGAUGUUCUUCUGUGUGGAUAAGGAUAUCCUGGGGGAGAUCACCACUCACGAGCUGAAACCAGAGGGAGGCGACAUUCAGGUCACAGAGGAGAACAAGGAGGAGUAUAUCAGGCUGGUGGCAGAGUGGAGGCUGUCCCGUGGGGUGGAGGAGCAGACGCAGGCCUUCUUUGAGGGAUUCAACGAGGUCCUACCUCAGCAGUACCUGCAGUAUUUUGAUGCCAAAGAGCUUGAGGUGUUGCUGUGUGGAAUGCAGGAGAUCGAUCUGGCCGACUGGCAGAGAAACACGAUCUACAGACACUACGCUCGUGGCAACAAGCAGAUCGUCUGGUUCUGGCAGUUGGUCAAGGAGAUGGACAACGAGAAGCGUAUGCGUCUGCUGCAGUUCGUCACUGGAACGUGUCGUCUUCCUGUGGGAGGCUUUGCUGACCUCAUGGGGAGCAACGGGCCACAGAAGUUCUGCAUUGAGAAAACUGGGAAGGAGAACUGGCUGCCCAGGAGCCACACCUGUUUUAACCGGCUGGAUCUGCCACCCUAUAAAAGCUACGAGCAGCUGAAGGAGAAGCUGCUGUUCGCCAUCGAAGAGACGGAGGGCUUCGGCCAGGAGUGACCUACUAACCCCCGGGGGAUGGACAGGCAGGAAGAAACGCCUUAUGGGAGAUUAUAUGUAUAUACACAGACACAUACACAUUGGAUACAGUGUGUGUGUGUGUGUGUGUGUGUGUGUGUGUGUGAUGCAAGGUUCCCCCAUGCGUGGACAGUCGGGCACUCAGGUUGGCAGAAAAAAAGCACAUGGGGAUUUGACCAAUCCUGUUCAGAUAAACCUUCACCACUGAUCUAGAGCUGUGUUUUUUUUAACCCAUUCUCUUUCCUCGUAUGUCUCUUUUAAUAAAAGACACAUUUUGCAUUCAUUUACAAACACCAAGCUCAAAAAAAUGUCAAAAAUCCGUACACAACAUUGUGCAGAAAAUUUAGGCACCUAAUCACAUAAUUUUAUAUAAUUUAUUUUAGCAUUAAUUUGUUGCUGUAAAAAAAUAUAUAUAUAUAUAAUUAUAAUAAUAUUCCAUUUAAACAUUUCACACUAUAAGGCGCACCAGAUUAUAAGGCACACUAUCAAGAAACGUCUAUUUUCCUGUCUAUUUCCAUCAUAAGGUGCACUGGAUCAUAAGACGCAUUGCGCAACACUAGUAAGGCACAAGGGUGUCACCAUGUUUUCCUUCUAAUUCAGCAAAUCUUGCCGCUGGGUGGUGAGACCUGUAAAGCUAUGCUAAGUUAAAUAAACAAAACUGCAGUUCUUAAAAGAAAUGAGUGCUGGAUGUUGAUCUAUGCAGAUUUCUCUCCUGAAAACUGUUUAUUUGGGUGAGUAAAGCGCUUCUGUUUAUUUACAAUAAGCUUAGAUCUCCAGAUUUACACCAUAGCUGGGUGCAGCAAUAUUAUCAUUAGCAGCUAACUGCUAAUAGCGUCCAACAGCACUACACUGAAGAGCCCUGAGUGUUCCAGUAAUGCAGGGCGAUAUUAGCUAGCAGUUCAUUCUGUGUAUCUUUUUUUUAACACAAUAAACGUGCGGGCUACAGUCCAAUAUACUUGCCUCUGAACGGCAAAAAAAAGAGCUAGCGCAGUUAGCACAGUUAGUGGCUAAUGCUGAUGUUGCUCCAGCACUGCUAGCUGAUAAUACUCACCUCUGAACGGCAAAAGAGCUAGCACUAAGUGUGGUUAGCUGAAGAGACACUGUAAAACUAGACUAAAUCUCCUGUAUAACUCUGUACUCUGAGUGGCUUUACUGCUUCUUACAACCUGACUGGUAAAAUUCAUACCUAAGAUGCAUCAAAAUAUAAGGUGCACUGAUUUCUGGGAAAAUUAAAGGAUUUUAACUGCGUCUUAUAGUGUGAGAAAUAUGGUAAACUUACAUUACAGCUGUCACAAUAAGUAUUAUGUUAUAUAAUAAUAAUAAUAUCAAUCAUAAUAAAAUAGCUUUAUACUGCAAUUACACCCCUUUUAAAGUGCAAUUCCAAUUUGACUAAGUUUCUAAAGUUUCAGUUUAGAAACAAGCAGUAUAGAAACACUGAUCUAGACCGUAACCGUUUUGGAAACUGCACCAGUGCUGCUGAGUGAGUGCCGACUGACUGGGUCUUACAUUCUCCAAAACGGUGGUUCUUAUCCACCCCAAGCUGGUCCACAUUGCACUGUUCUCUAUCCCUUGUUGUGAUUUGGGUUUAGGGAUUUUCUUUGUUUAGCAUCGGAGCAGUGCAAGGGAUAACAGGAGUCCUAUUGAGUCAGUGGGUUAAUUGCCUGAGAUAAAUUGAGAAGAAAAUUUGGGUACAAUUAAAAAGAACCUGCGUUACAGAGAUUUGUGGUUUUAAUAGUAAAAAAAUUAAAAAUUAAAGUUUUGAUCAGGCAUAAAUAAAACACAAGGGGCAGUUUUCCUACACAAGGAUUAAGCGUAGUAUUGAGCUAAAUUGCAUUUUAAAUGAAGAUUUUCCAUUAAAAGGAAAAUAAAAGCUGUGUUCCAAAGUCUAGACUGUACUGAGACGAGUAGGACGGCUCUUUGUUAGAACUGUCAUAUAAAAACUAAUAAUAUAUAUAUUUUUUAAACAAAUUAAUCAUGUGACAAAAUUGACAGAACCUGAUAACUCAUACACACACAGCUGAUGGCACGUUUCCUCUUUUUUAAGAUGUUAAAAGCGGAAUAUGGAGCUACACUACUAUUUAUUUUCAUUCAUUGAAACUCUCAGUUAAACUCAGUAACUUUUACACAUUACAAUACUGUAACAUGGUACAAAAAAAUAUGAUCGUACUGCUCACUUUGAUACUUCGUACUGAUGUCGCAUGAUUACACUAAGGUGCGAAACUUGUGCGCACUUUCCCUUCUCCACUGAAAUAUGUUUAUUUUUAACUAGCCUGAUGACUAGACCUAAUCCUUGUCUAGGAAACUCACCCAGGACCAGCUCUGUAAUUACUAGACUGUGAAGCAAACUCUGAUACUGCACCACCGCAUUAACUUAGCCUUUUCCAGUGUGAUCAGCACGACCCUGAGACCCCCAAAGAACCCUCCGCCCUCUAUUUAUUGCAGGUAUGAGUGAGUGAGACAGCUGUCUGUGUUCCUAACGCCCUAGUUUUAUAGGGGGUUUUAUUUUGAAGAUUUUUUGUAUAUUCUGGAUCAAGGCCUUUGUAUCCAGGGUAUUGCCUUUCAAUGCCUCUCAGCCUGUUUUAGGUGAUAGUAGUCUAUACCACUGGGGGGCGCUGAGGAGACCGGAACAUCUGUAGCGUGUGCAAAGCGUGUACCGUUUCUGAGGCUGAUUUUUUUUAAAGCACAUUUUAAGAGACAUUAAAAAAAGAAGUUUUUUUAGUUAUUUCAACCUAAUCCCAUUUGAUGGUACUUGUGGAUUCCUUUUAAUUACUGUGGAUCUUAAUUUUAAUGGCAUUCACAAUAGAAGCCAAUGGACAGUUGACUCAUUUUAUGAAUGAAAAUGUAAAUUAUUGGAACAUACAGUCAAAAUUAAUUGCAGAAACUCUAAACUGAAAUUUUGAUUGGUAACCUUAAGUCUAUGUAUAAUAUACAGUUCUUACCAGUAAAACAUUGAGUUAAUCUAUAAUUAUUUUUAUAGAGGUAUAUAGAAUUUGUAGUUAAAAGUGCAUUAAACUGGGAUUCAGUUGAAAAUACCCGAUUUAUUUCUUUAAUAUGCAGAGAAAAUCUGAUCCAGAUCAGCUCUCAGAAACACUCACAGCUCUUUGGCUGUGUUCAGACUGCUAGACCAAAUCAGAUUUAUUUUUGGCAUAUCUAGAUUGUAUCCAGAUUGAUUUUUAAUAGUCUGGACAGCCAAAAAACGCCUGAAAUUGGAGGUGAUUUUAAACAUGAUUUACAAUCAGAUUUGUACAGAAGCAUCUCAGUUUGUCAUCUCAAAUUGUAUUUUAUUGUACAAGUGUGGGUGUGUAACAGAAGUGCAGAGGUUCUAGAGGAGCAACCCAUGAGAGCAUUCCACAGAAACCCAGUGCAGAUCAGAUCUGAUCACUUGCUAAUAACAGUGCAGACAGUCAUCUGAACAGAUCUGAUUUUAGAAACUUAAUCCAGUUUGCCUGCAGUCUGAACACAGCCUUUGAUGCACAUCUUGUUUAGGUCCCUUAACCCACAAUGUGUGUUUUAAUAUAUUUUUCAGUAAAAAAAAAUUACUGAAAAAUAGGAAACUUUUAAGAUUGUGUAAUGUGUUGUUUUUUUUUCUUUCUUUUUCAUUUUGUUCAGUUGGGUAAUUCCAGUUCUGUAACUCUCCAGCUUUACCUUGAACUAUCACAAGCUGAUUCUGAACACUAACAGCACUCAGUCUGUCUGUGUGUUCUGGGAAAUAUCUGAUUUUGCCUUCAUAUAUAUUCAUGAAGUUGAAUUUCCCUGGGAAGAUCUGGUGUGUGUAAAAUCAUGUUGAUGGUAAUAUAAGUUUCUGUUUAUUUUCUCCUCAUAUUAGAUCAAACCUUUGGAAUAAAAAAGCUGAUCUUCUUUCCCUUGUAUAUCAAUUGAAUGUUGUACAUUGUGUGAAUAGUUGAUUGAUCUCUUCUUCUCUGUGAAAAGAUAAUGAGGAUUUUAGUAUUUGAGGCCCGACGGCUUGUUUUGAGGCCGUUCCUGAGAUUCUGCACCAUUGUUGGUUGAUUUCUUGAUUUAUAUGUACAGUAAAUUGUGUAAAAAAAAAAAAAAAGGUUGAAUAAAUAAUUACACGGGUAAA